AUGGCUGGCCUCAACUCUCCCGGUCUUCACCGCCGCAACAACGUCCCCCACUGGCAGCGCAUGCACCAGACCCACGACGGUCUCCGCCAGUGGCAGAAGGGCCCUCGCGCCAAGAUUAUGCUCUACCCAUACUACGCCCUGCUGGCCUCGACCUCGGCUGCCACCAUGUACAUGAUGGGCAGAAUGGUCCUCGUGCGUCCACCCCGAUAUACAACCCUCGCUCUCCCUGCCACAGCUCUGACACUACGCGCANNGGGCCACAAGACUUGGUUCUCCAGCAACUAG